UGCCCGCCAACUCGAGACCUACACGUCGAGCGAACAAAUUGGCUCUCGAUUUCUAUAUUACUUCUAUCAGUAUACUCAACAGUGUUCUCCGGCAUAUGGCUUGCGAUUGCAAUGACGCAGCCUAGAUGGGGACGAACCAUCCGAUCUGGCGGCUCUCUCACUCCUGCAACAGCGUCCAUCAUCUUCACACUCCUUGCAAAGACAAUUGAACUGUCCUUUGUCACCGUCUUCGUCGCCUUCCUAGGUCAAGUACUGAGCCGGCGAUCUCUUGUUAAGGCAUCUCGCGGAGUUACGAUUGCAGAACGUACUCUACGAACUUGGGUCAUCCCGCCAGGAUUUAUGAUCACGCAUUUUCAAUACCUUCGCCAUGUUGCGCUUUCUUUUCUAGGAGUCGCUACUCUUAUUGCGGCCCUGAUAUCGAUGUUCUAUACUACAACAUCCGAUGCUCUCGUAUCUCCACACCUACGUUUCGGUUAUUGGGAUAAUAUUCUCAUGGAAGGUGUAGUGAAGACCAUUUACGCCAACCCAUUAUAUAUGAAAAAGAACUGCCAAACUCCCAUCACUGCCGAUGUCGAUUCCGACUUUUCGGAGAUUACUUCGUAUCACAAUGCUGCAAGCUCCCUUGGGACCUGGGCCCACGUUCACGAAGGAGGUGAAGGUGCCUCUUCUGAUCUUGCAUUUCGCCCCAAUGCUACGGGCAUGCUAUUCGACAACACCACGGCGAUCGGUAGCUGGAUUGCGACAAACUCGAGCAACAUGACGGCAUCAUACGAACAAUACAACAGAAUUGUAAAUAAUGUGACCCUCGCAAUGCCUCACGCUGGCAUUACUGCUGCCGCCAAAGACCCAAAGAAUGGGAUCGUUCAACCUGCUGAGUUGGGAGGCGUGGGAGAAUAUUCGCUGAAGGCUUCAGUAGUUAGUUCAGCGGUCAAUGUUCUCUGUGCGAAUGUCAAUGAGACCGAGAUUGCUCCUCUGAUCUGUGUCACAUGGCCAAAUGCGACUAUUCUGACAUCGAAGGACAACCCAACUCAAAAGCUUGCAUCAGCAGAUUAUGCGAAUGAUGUCCAACUGUUACCCGGAGAAUCGUACUUGAACAGCACAGUGGUCGACGAUAUCUUUGAGUGGGGCUCAAAGUACCACCGUCAACCUCCAGUGUUUCCAAUGUUACCGAUCGAAUACAACUCUAUCGCAAAUGUUACGAUGUCGAACAGCGAUGCAAUAUACCUACUUAUCAAAACUUCGGAUGCUCUCACCUCUGAUUAUACUCUCUGCGAAUUAAAGUCUUUUCUAUACCCCGCUUGCAGCACCUCCUUCAACAUAUCUGGUCUUAGUGGAGCAACUCUUCAAUCGCUCUGCGACGACCCAAACGAUAAGAUGAGGCAUGAUAGCUCUGUUCCUGAUCCGCCAAUAUCCAGAAACUUUGAUUGGAAGAACAUCGGCUGGGACUGGAUGAUCUCGCUAUCUUUGAACACUGGGAUCACUAACGCCAACUCGUCUACGUCCAGAAUGCUGGCCAACUUAAUUUCUGUCGACACCGGUCCUGGCAGCUCCGCUUUGAACCCCUUGAUGCCGAGUAUUUCAGAGGCACUCACAGUCAUGGCUGGUGAUACCUUGCUUCUGAGCACAGUCGACGCAGGGUUCUAUCAUUUCUGGCCUUUCCAAAACACCUCACUCGAGCCUGGUUCAUACCAGCGGUUCAACGCCUCCAUCACCUCACAACAAUACACUUCAGGCAUAAUUCCAAACCAGCGAUGGCAAGGUAUAUUCUACCUCGUCCUGUUCUUGGUCUUCGUUACCAAUGUUUUCUGCCUAGUCUAUCUAUUUCUUCGCGCUGGGCUUGUUACAGAUUACAGCGAGCCGCAGAAUCUGUUUGCAUUGGCUGUUAACAGCCCUCCUUCGGGCAGCAUGAGCGGUAGUUGUGGUGCUGGACCUGAGGACGGACAGUUGAAUGUUGAUUGGCAUGUGAAGCAAGACGUUUCGGGCCAUUUUUACAUUCAGGAGGGACGAGGAGCGGAGUUGCAAAUGCAAGGGGAGCGAUUUGAGAUGAGAAACAGGUCUCGGACCUUGAAUUCUAAGUCUAGCUAUAGUGUACUGAGCAGCAAACGGAGCAGUGUUGUAGAAAGAUAGAAAAUAUAUGCGUUGGGCCGAGAGGUUCUGCGUACUCUUUGUCCAACUCUGUUGCC